AGAAAGUGAAACUAACUUGAUCUGCAACCAUAUGGACUCCUGAAACGAUCAGAACAACAGAAUACUGAAUCGUUCAAAGAACCUUGUAGACACACCUGAUACUCACAGCAAUGUCAUCCUCCAGUGGUUCACUAACUGAGGAGCUUCAGUGCUCUAUAUGUCUGGACGUCUUCACUGAUCCAGUCAGCACUCCAUGUGGACACAACUUCUGCAAGACCUGUCUGAAUGAACACUGGGACAACAGCCAGACCUGCAGCUGUCCAUACUGUAAAGAAACACUGAAGCAUAGACCUGAUCUCAAGAUUAAUACCACACUCCGAGAGCUCAUAGCUCACUACAAAAAGAUUCCUGAGAAAAAGCCUGAAGUUCUGUGUGACAUCUGCGAGAAAAGAAAGCUGAAAGCCCUGAAGUUGUGUCUGGUGUGUCAGAGCUCUUACUGUGAAACUCACCUGGAGCCUCAUUUGAGAGUGGCACAUUUAAAGAAACACAAACUGAUGGAUCCUGUGAGUAAUCUGGAGGACUAUAUAUGUCAGAAACAUGAGAGUCCUCUGGAUCUGUUCUGUAGAGAUGAUCAGACAUGUGUGUGUUUGAUCUGCUCUGUGAGAGACCACGAGAACCACAACACUGUUCCUAUAGAACAGGAAAGUGAAGAGAAGAAGACUGAGCUGAUGAAGACACAGAAAUACAUGCAGCAGAUGAUCCAGGACAGAAUCAAGAAGAUUCAACACAUCAAACAGCCAGCAGAAGUCAGAAAAGCCAUAUAGCAGCUCCUGUUAGCGGAUAGCCCGCAGCUCGCGACCAAACAGACAAAGAGGGUGCUGGAGAUGCUGAAGUGAGACAGUGGAUGCUGAGGUCAGAUGCUCUGAAUCAGUAUACCAAUACAGAAUGCACAUGAAUGAAAUGAUAUAAAGCUGGAGAAUGUGGAUUCUAUUUUAGAUUGUGAUAGACCAGAUAUAUUUUAUAAAGUAAUGCAGUUUGCUAGAGCACACAGGGCCUGAGUUAUCUACUUUCAAAGAAAGUGUUUAGAACACACAAAAAAAGCGCCUUGUAUUGAGGUGGUUCAUCAUGUGAAAAACAA